ACAAAAUCGUAGACUAACAAACAUCAUGUCUCUUUCCAAAACUACCCUUUUGUGUUUUGUUCUUUUAACUAUCGUCGUGAUAAUAAAUUGUAGCGAUGUAAGGACGAACACCAUCAACAGGAGCGUGGACAAAAGCACCGCAAACUUGAUAGAAUCCCUCAGACACCAAAUUAAAACGAAAGAAGAGGAAUUGCACAAGGCAGAGAAGACGAACAAGAAUUUCGAACGCAUGAUUCAAUUGGUGAACAUUUUGGGACAAGUUGAUUCAUUUUUGACCGACAGAACGAAAACCAUGAUCAAAAAACUGGCAGUUUUGGCCGACGACAAAGAUUCCAGCGACAAACACAUGUAAUUAUCGUUUAAUUUAUAAUAAAAAUUAAUUAAAGUUUGAUAA